CAAUUCAGUUUUUUCCAUUCAAUUUUCUCCCAUUCUCUCUCCCAAUUAAAUCGAUGAUUUUCCUGUGAAGCUGCUGACUUCGACUGUGGCUUCUGCGUGACUCUCUCUUUCUCUCAUUUUUCCGUUUCUUCUUCCCCAUUAACUUCGAAGAAAAAGAGGAAGGAGAAACGGAAUUUCUCUCUCUCUCGCUCCCCUCGCCGCGCCCCCACCACUGACGUUUAUCUGAAAUUUGGAAAGGGCGUCCGUCGGUUGUUCGACGUUUUCUGACCUCCAUCUCUGUUGAUAGUUGAUACCGCGACCUCUUCUAGCAUCACAAGGCAGCACUCGACAAAUGGUAACCUGCGUGCUUUUCCCUCUUCCUCCUGGUAUAAAUAUAGGAUAUUGAUCAUUAUCUCUUGAAGCUAGGCAAUACUGGGGGGGGGGUUGCUUGGCAGUGGCACUAAUUUAGUUUGCCGAUAGUUGGAGAAUCUAUAGAGGCUUUAAAAAAUCCAUCAUGCGUAUAUUGGCUUCAGAAAUGGGCAAAUUGCUGUGUUCUUCUAGUGAUAAAAGCAUAGGUUGCUGCCCGUUUUCCAUUAGUUGAUUUUGUUAUGCGAUAUUGCUGACACAGAUGUACUAGCAGCUUCACUGCUGUAUGAAAAUAUCCCCAAAAGACAAUUUUGUAAUCUCAACCACAGAAAUCGUCCAACUCUCAGAACAUAUUACUCCACUACUAUGGAUGGCUAUCUUGAUCAUCUAUUUUCCUCCACUCAAUGGGUUGAGAUGAAUCCAACAGAAAGACAAUCCUGGGCUGUCAAUCCUGCAGAUCCAACAAAUGGCUUUCUCGUUGAUUCGGUCAGUGCAUAUCAAGGGCAUGAACCGCAUGACAAGAACCCUGAAUCUAGCUUGGUUUCCGCAAGUCAUGUUAUAGGGCGCCCAUCUUCUCAAGGAAUGAAUGAUAUUUCGGGCGACGGUAACUCUUUUACUUCCGAAAAUCCAUGCCUCAGUCAUAACAAAGGGUUCGUGUCCGGUCAGCAAUCUUUAGACAAGGACAAUCACACACCUUUGCACGGGGAGAUCAGGAACAGAUUGGUGGGAUUUCAGUUGAACGCGGCAAGUCAAACUAGAGGCGCUCAUGGCUCAUCACAUAUUCAUCCCAUUCUCGGAAAUUCAGUAGAUUCAGCUGGUACUCUUCCUGAGGCAGGUUCCAUUGCAAGCAAUGGCUGUGAUAUGUCACGGUAUGAAAAGCCAUUUGGAGAUGCCAAUCCUCUUCCUUCUGUUCCGUCUUCUUGGAGCACAUCAUAUGCAGGUGUUUCCAGCUUCCCUGAAAUCCUGGGCCAGGGAAACCUGGACGGUUUUAAUUUGCAUGACGACCUUGUAGAGACUGAUGAAGAUCUUCUUAAAAAGGCAUGCCUUGGCGAGAGUCAUCCGUCAGUGAACAACAUACCGAUUGUAUCUGAGAAUCAAAGGGUUCAGUUGCCCUCUGUCGCCACUAGGUCGCAAGUUGCAUGCUCUCAAACUGUCGUAUUCCAACCCCAACACAAAAUACCAUUACAAUCUGGUGAAGUGAAUUCCCUAAAUCUAUCUGGAAAUUCUACCUCUAUAUCUCAUUUACAACCCACAACUGCUACUAGUGGAGGUUGCAGCGGAGCUGUAAGAGCACGUGUUAGAGCACGUCGAGGACAGGCAACUGAUCCACAUAGUAUUGCUGAACGACUUCGGAGAGAAAAAAUAGCUGAAAGGAUGAAGAAUUUACAGGAACUUGUCCCAAACUCUAAUAAGACAGACAAGGCAUCAAUGCUUGAUGAAAUUAUUGAAUACGUCAAAUUUCUGCAGUUGCAAGUCAAGGUACUGAGCAUGAGCAGACUUGGUGCAGCAGGAGCAGUUGCCCCUCUUAUUACUGAUGCUCAAUCUCAGGGAUCCAGCAGUCUUCGACUGUCAGCUUCUCUGGCCCAGACUGCUGAAUUACCUGAAUCACAGGAAAGUAUUGCUUUCGAGCAAGAAGUGGUAAAGCUAAUGGAGUCCAACGUAACUUCAGCCAUGCAGUAUUUGCAAACCAAGGGUCUUUGCCUCAUGCCAAUUGCCUUAGCCACUGCCAUUUCUGGGCGACCACCUAAAACUGACACAAGCAAUGGACAGAUGCCUAUGGCCAGCUAUUCAUCUUCAGGGACUCUAACAUGGCCACCACCGUCUGGUGGCGAGAGCUUGGUGAAGGACAUUUUACUUAAGUGUGAUAGAGAGGAGAGCACCACCAACAGUUCCAGCGGUGCUCCCACUAUUAGUCAGGAAGAUGAGUCCAAACCAAAGGUCCAAUGAUGCUUGUUCUGUCUUAUUCCGCCCCUUAAGUUUUGAAAUUCUAAGUUUUCUCCUCUCCUCUUUUUGUUUCUCUUUCUAUUUGCUGGCACUACACCUUUGCAGUUAGAAUUAGAAGCUAGAUCUCUUUGAUAGGGAUGCAGUUUGUAGUUUUGUUCUUACGCAUCAGUUGUUCAUCUGUAGAUGCUUAUUUACUUGGUUUCUUAGUCUUUUUUGUUCA